CCGCGAACAGGUCGCGUAAAAAGGGCACUACGGGCGCCAUUUCCCUAGUUUAUGUACGGUAAAGUUUCUGUUUGGGUAGGGAACGUAAUCCACUGUAAUCGCUGUUGUCCGUCAUUUCGGUGCAAAACUUCACAAUGAGCACCGGAAUUCCCUAUUUGGGCAGUAAGAUAAGUCUAAUAUCGAAGUCUGAAAUUCGGUAUGAGGGUAUUUUGUACACAAUCGAUACAAAAGAGUCCACCGUUGCUUUGGCCAAAGUUCGGUCUUUUGGCACUGAGGAUAGACCUACAGAUCGCCCAGUUGCACCGAGGGAUGAGGUGUACGAGUACAUCAUCUUCCGAGCACAUGACAUAAAGGAUCUCAGGGUCUCGGAGCCCCCGAAGCCCCAGUCCACUUUGCCUGGUGGUUUGACAAAUGAUCCAGCCAUUGUUCAGGUCCCCUCGUUCGAGACCACAAAGCACUCACUGCAGCACACAGCACCCCCUGCUACAGGAGCAAGUUUUCCAGCACCCAGUUACAGUCAGCCUCCGCCUUAUGGCCCUGUGGGAACACUGCCGUCCUAUGCUCCUCCACAGUACCAGGCACAGCCACAGCUCCCUCAGAGCUUCGUUGGUGGGUCACAGCAGUCGGGGUCACGCUCAACCACACCUACUCCAACACCUGGGCAGAGGAAAAGCCCCACCAUGGAUGCUGGGGUGCAAGUGUCCGGUCCUGCCCCAGGAGAAAACAGGAGUUCACCACGCUCUCACUCUGGAGGUGGUAGUCAAGCCCCAGUAGGAUCAAGGCGAAAGCCACAGCAACAACCUCAGGGAACCCAAGGUAGACCGCAGCAGCAGCAACAACUGCAACAGCAGGGGUCUCGGUCACAACAGCAUCACAUGGCUGGUGCCCCAGGUCAAGCACACCCACGAGGAGGUGGUAUUGGUCGUCGAGGUGGAUCAGGAGGUGGUGGUAGACCUCGCUCGGCAGGGUACCGCACUGCCAAGCCCAAGGAGCAGCUAAAGUUUGAUCGGGAGUAUGAUUUUGAGCAAGCAAAUGCAGAGUUCCAGGAGCUCGAGAGCAAGCUUGCUCAGACAAAAAUAAGUGAGUGUGAUGAGAAAAAGGAUGACUCUGGAACAGAAACUCAGGUUGGAGAUAACCAUGAAGAUGAUGAUGUUGUGUACUAUGACAAAACAAAGUCCUUUUUUGACAACAUCAGCUGUGAAGCCAUUGAGAGGUCAAAAGGCAUGCAGAGGAUAGACUGGAGACAGGAACGAAAGCUGAACAGCGAGACCUUUGGUGUAGCAGCGAGCAACUGGAUGAGGCGAAAUGCAUGGCGUGGGCGUGGUGGCUUUUGGCGAGGUGCUCGUGGAGGUCGAGGCAGAGGAGGACCCCAGGGGGCUAGAGGGGGUGGCAGACCACGUAAUGGAAGCGUGAAUACCCGGAAUGCCUGGAAUGAGGAUGGGCCCAACACAGGUGCCUACACGGCGUACUGAGAAGCAACCUGGGGAUGAACUGCAUUAGUGCCAUUGGGAGGGAUUCAGAACAUCGCACACCGAACUUUGUACAUAUGUGUGGCAUCAUGUUAACUAUGAUCCUCUGCUGAAUCACUAUGGGAGAAAUUGGGAGCAUAUCUUGGUAGAGGAUAUCUGAACUGCUUCCUCACUUUUUUUUUUUCCUCCUUUUUGAACAUCAUAAGUUUGGUGUCACUUUUACAACUGUCUUAAUGUACCUUGAAGGAGAUGGCUGGGUGCCAUCUCUGGAGUGUCAUGUCUCUCACACGGGUGUGGAGUGUUCGUGGUGCUGGGGUACCUGAAUAAUCUUAGUAAGCGUACCCCCUCCAAUCACUUCAGUAUGAGAUGACUUGAAGAUCUUCAAAGAGUAACUGUUAGGAGUGGGCCACCUUCUAUUAUAGUACGAACUUUUUGUCCCUCUCUGCCUUACCCACACCAAUAACUUGAGCACAAAGAGCUGCAAUGACAUGUGCUGCUGUUUUUUUUAAGUAUGUGGCUAUUUGCAAGGGUUAAAGCUCUUGCAUGAGAUUACAUUGCAUGGUGAACAAUUGCAGCAUUAAUAUAACUGUAAUGGGCCAGAUGGUUUAAUACAAGGAGCACAGGGUGGAAUGCUCUGGGGCUGGAAAUGCCUAGAUAUUAGUUGUGGCCCUGUUAACUAUAUCCCCCCAGGCUCUUCAGAGCUUUCACAAGAUGACAGAUUUCAAAUAAAAGCUGUAUCUGUA